CUUCAGUUGUCCAUGUUUUGUGCUUAAUUACUCAAACGUCAAACAUAUAGUCAUUUGUGAUUUUUGUUUGGAUUUGUUAUUCGUAAAUUCAACGUUGAAGUGUUGUAUUCUCUGUCGGAUAUAGCUCGUUUGUAACUCAGUGAGUAAAUACUGCCUAGUCAACGUUCAAGCUUUCCGCUCAAAUUUCAGUCGGUUCAGUGUCUAACCUAAAAGCAGCAGAGAUGCCCAAAUACUACUGCGAUUACUGUGAUACCUACCUGACGCACGAUUCUCCAAGCGUGCGGAAAACGCACUGCACGGGCCGUAAACACAAAGACAACGUCAAAUUCUACUACCAGAAGUGGAUGGAAGAACAGGCCCAACAUCUGAUAGACGCUACGACAGCAGCCUUCAAGGCGGGUAAAAUCGCGAACAAUCCAUUUGCGCAGCCCGGGAAGGGUGUGGCCAUCCCUCCGCCGGCGCAGCUCGUGGGACAGAGACCCGGUGGCCCAGGGGGGCCUGGAAUGAUGCCGCCUGGACCUAUGGGACCAGGUGGUCCAAUGCCCCCAAUGAUGAUGGGUCCUCAUGGACCUGUGCCGGCUCCAAUGAUGGGAAUGAGGCCUCCAAUGAUGGGUAUGAUGCCUGUGGGUCCCAUGGGACCUAUGGGGCCUUUACGACCGCCUAUGGGACCCCCUAUGAAGAACUAGGAUUUUCUAUGAAAUUUUAUAUGUUGUAUACAUUUUUGUGUAUAUUGUAUGUUUGAUAUGUCAGGUGAUAGUGUAUUUUAAUUUAAGUAAAAUAAAUAUUUUGUAAGAAUACUUUUUU